AUUGAAUUGUGUCCUUCCACCACUGAUCACAGCUCAACCUACAUCAUGAGCGGAAUCCAUAAGUCUCUCCUUAAGGUCCAGCAAGCCAAGGUGGUCUCCGCCGUGACUCAGGGUGCCAAGUUCAUCGGAACGCACAAUGGCACGUUUCAUUGCGACGAGGCGUUGGCUGUUUCGCUCCUCAAGAUCUUGCCGCGCUUUGAAUCGCACGCCAUCUUGCGCACGCGUGACUUGGAAAAGUUGUCGCACUGCGAGGCCGUGGUGGACGUGGGUGGUGAGUACGACUUUGCCCGCAUUCGCUUGGACCAUCACCAAAAGACGUUUACCGAUGCGUUGGAUGGCGAGAACACAAAGCUGUCGAGCGCAGGGCUCGUGUACAAGCAUUUCGGGCGCGACAUUUUGCAAACCAUUUGCGACCACUCGCUCUCCGAGCCAGUGCUGGAAAUCAUGUACAAGAAGCUGUACAAGGGAUUCGUGGAGCACAUCGACGGUAUUGACAACGGCGUCGAAGUCGCAUCUGGCCCGUCCAACUACGCCAUCACGACGUCGCUCAGCGCCCGCGUCGGCUACCUCAACCCGCGAUGGAACGAAAGCCAGUCGGACGACGUUGUCAACAGUCGUUUCCACCAAGUUCGUUCUGCCUCCUCGAAAUCUCCUAACAGACUGCCACGUCAUCAUCAUCUAGGCCAUGAACUUGACCGUGUCGGAAUUCGUCGAGCGCGUGCUGUACUUCUACGAAGCGUGGCUGCCGGCGCGAUCCAUCGUCGAAGCGGCGCUCAAAACUCGCUUCCAGCUGCAUGAGAGCGGAGAGAUCAUGAAGUUGGCGUAUUGCCCGUGGAAGUCGCACUUGUACGAUAUCGAGGCCGAGUUGCUCAUUCCUGGCCAAAUCAAGUUUGUCCUGUACGAAGACUCGACGGGCGGCAUGUGGCGCAUCCAAGCCGUGAAUGUUGAAGAUGGCAAGUUUGCCCUGCGCAUGGGACUGCCGGCGGCGUGGCGCGGCCUUCGCGACGCCGACCUGUCUGCCGUGUCUGGCAUCGAAGGCGGGACCUUUGUCCAUGCCGGCGGCUUCAUCGGAGGGAACAAAACGUUCGAAGGCGCUUUGCAAAUGGCUAUUGCAACGUUGAAGCUGGCCAAUUAAGACACACCGCUUUCAAUCGACCGACCUAUUCAUGGUGAUCUCACUCACUACCAGUUGGUGUCGAGGUUCCACCAACGAUAUAGCUAGCAGGCUUGCAGCCAUUUGGUCAUGUAUUGGGUCUCAUAAGGCUAUAAUGACGUUCAAGGCAUAGAUAGCUGUUGCCACCUUCGUGGAGGACGAUCGAUGAAAUGUCGAAGCGUUGUACU